CCCGGGGAAGGCUUUGAUGUGGCAAAGACAGGUGAUGCCCGAAUUGGGUUUGUGGGUUUUCCAUCAGUGGGGAAAUCUACUCUACUAAGUAAUCUUGCUGGUGUGUACUCUGAAGUGGCAGCAUAUGAAUUCACUACACUAACUACUGUGCCUGGAGUCAUUAGAUACAAAGGAGCAAAGAUACAGCUACUUGAUCUCCCAGGAAUUAUUGAAGGUGCCAAGGAUGGUAAAGGCAGAGGACGGCAAGUCAUCGCAGUUGCUCGAACCUGUAAUCUCAUUCUGAUUGUUCUGGAUGUGCUGAAACCCCUUGGUCACAAGAAAAUCAUUGAGAAUGAACUGGAGGGAUUUGGAAUUCGUCUGAAUAGUAAGCCCCCCAAUAUUGGCUUUAAAAAAAAGGAUAAAGGAGGCAUUAACCUUACAGCCACAUGUCCUCAGAGUGAGCUGGAUACUGAAACAGUGAAGAGCAUCUUAGCAGAGUAUAAAAUUCACAAUGCUGAUGUCACACUGCGCAGCGAUGCCACUGCUGAUGACCUAAUUGAUGUUGUCGAAGGGAACAGGGUUUACAUCCCGUGCAUUUACGUCCUAAAUAAAAUUGACCAGAUUUCCAUCGAGGAACUAGAUAUCAUUUACAAAGUACCCCACUGUGUACCAAUAUCUGCUCAUCAUCGCUGGAACUUUGAUGAUCUGCUGGAGAAAAUUUGGGACUACCUGAAGCUAGUACGAAUCUACACCAAACCUAAAGGGCAGCUCCCAGACUACACCUCUCCUGUGGUACUACCUUACUGCAAGACCACAGUGGAGGAUUUUUGCAUGAAGAUCCACAAAAAUCUCAUUAAAGAUUUUAAAUAUGCACUGGUCUGGGGUUCAUCUGUUAAACACAACCCUCAAAAAGUUGGUAAAGACCAUACUCUUGAAGAUGAGGAUGUUAUUCAGAUUGUGAAGAAAUAAAGUUGUUCUGACAUGG